AUGUCCCAAAAGGUCUUCAUCACCGGCGCAACAGGCUAUAUUGGCCGCGUUGUCACCGAACAGGCCGUCAAAGAAGGCUACAGCGUCCGUGGUCUCUCGCGACGUGAAGAAGGUGACGAUAUCCUUCAGUCUCUCGGUGCAACCCCUGUCCGCGGCGACCUCAAAAGCGCCGAGCUUCUCGCCGAAGAGAGCAAAAACGCCGACAUUGUCUUCCACCUAGCCUUCGACCACGACUUCUCUAAGCCCUACCAGGACCUCAUCGACCUCGACAUUGCCGCCGUCAGCGCCCUAGCCAAGGGCCUCGAAGGAACCGGCAAACCCCUCAUCGUCACCAACGGCACCGCAGGUGUGCAAGCCGACCCUAGCGGAGGCGAAACCGACGAAACAACACCCCAGGCCGAACACACCUUUGGCAACCGCGACGUUGCUGAGAAGCAUGCGCUCACAUUCGUUCCCAAGAAUGUGCGUGUCGUCUCUAUCCGUCUCCCGCAGUACGUCUACGGCCGCAGCAACUCCACCGGCUUCGGGGCGCAGCUGAUCAAGCUUGCGAUUAAAUCCGGCGAGGCUGUGUACAUUGGCGAUGGCGAGUACUGUUUCUCGGAUGUAUACGUCGAUGAUGCUGCAAAGUUAUACCUCCUUGCCGCUAAGCAUGCAAAGGCCGGAGAUGUCUUCAACGGCACCGGUCACACCACUACCACUUACAAGGCCAUGGCGAAUGCAAUCAGCGAGCUUGUGAAGGUGCCAGCACGGUCUAUUACCCCUGAAGAUGCAGUUGCGCGCUGGGGUCCAUUUCUGGCUGCGUUCCUUGGAAUCAGGAACCGUGCUUCGAACAAGAAGGCCGUUCAGGAGCUUGGAUGGACGCCUGUUGGUCCGGGAUUGCUUUGGGAAGUGCACACGGGGAGCUAUGGGCCUGUUGCUGAAAAUUUCAAGAAGGAAAUUGCUGCCGCUUGA